AUGAUUUCUUUGCCGUGGGCCCGCCACAAACGAACCGCCUCAAAGGCGCCUCUCCAAAACGCCCUCCCUCACACUUCUACUUCAUCGCGAAUAAACGCAAUAACCAUGUCACGCACUGUUCAUCCCAUCAACCAGCUGCUCAACAGCAAUCAUGGCAUGAUCAUCGUCUGUGAGGAGGAAUUUGGUGGCCAAACCGGCCAAAAAGGGGGGCAGUCGAGGCAGGGGAAUCAAAGUAUUGCGCUCGAGAGGUUCCAACCCAUAGACAUUGGCCGUGAAGAUAACGACGAAUCGUUGUUUGCCCUCCAAAAAGGCCACAGGGUUGAAAAUAGCCAGACAGGCAAAGUCUGGCAGCUGCGACAAUGCUGCUUCCUCGCGGAACGCAUAAUUCUAAGUCCUGCUCCAUGUCGUUAG